CUAGAACCGAAGAAAUUGGUUUGCGAUUUUGAAGCCUUCUCAAACAUGAAGAAGUUAAGAUUGCUCAUUCUUCAGAAUCUUGUCUUGGAAAUGAGAGAUGGUCAGACACUGAAUAUUGAACAUCUUUCUAAAGAGUUACGAUUCCUUAGGUGGCAUGAAUUUCCUGCCAAAUAUUUGCCAUCAAAUUUCCAACGAGGUGGACUUGUUGAAUUGAAGUUGUGGUUGAGCAAACACCUUUGGAAAACCGCUAUCAAGCCUUUAAACAAUUUGAAAACCAUUGACAUAAGUUAUUCAACAAAUUUAAGAAAGUUUGAAGACUUUGGGGUGGUUCCAAAUCUAGAGAAGUUGAUUCUUGUAGCUUGUGUAAAACUAUCAGAGAUUCACCCAUCCAUCACACUUCUUGAAAGGCUUGCUAUCUUGAACCUGAAAGCUUGCAAUAGUCUACAAAAUCUUCCAACAAGCAUAGGUGGUCUGAAAUCUCUCAAUGUUCUAAACCUUGAAGGUUGUGUAAGCCUUACCGACUUACCCGAGGACUUGGGGAUGGCUACAUAUCUAGAGCAGUUGAUUCUUGAAGAUUGUAGAAACCUAGUGGAGAUUCCCCCAUCCAUCAGACUUCUUGAAAGGCUUAUUAUCUUGAACCUGAAAGCUUGCAUUCGUCUACAAAAUCUUCCAACAAGCAUGGGUAGUCUAAAAUCUCUCAAAGUUUUAAACCUUAAAGGUUGUGUAAGCCUUACCAACUUACCAGAGGACUUGGGGCUUUUAAAUAGUUUAGAGGAGCUCAAUUUGAGAGGCAUUUCUAUAGAAGACAGAGAUCUACCAUCUUCCAUUGCACUUCUUGAAAACCUUAAAACACUAUCUUGUUGCAGAGGACGACAAUGGAACAAUAUGAUGAAUAUCAUUGUUGGAAGAGGUCUCUCAUCAUCGGCUGGUCUUUUUUCUUUGAAAAAGUUGGAACUAGUCAGCUGCGGUCUUGGGACAUUUCCUGAAAAUUUUGGCUGCUUAAUUUCUUUAGAAUAUUUAAACCUCAGCAAUAAUGAUUUUUCUCACCUACCUAUCAGUUUCAAUAAACUAUCCAAGCUUAGGGAUAUUGAUUUAAGUUUCUGUAGAGAUCUAGAAUUGUUGGGGCCAGAGCUUCCUCCUGGUCUAGAAUGGGUAGGUCUUAGUUACUGUGUAUCACUGGACAAGUUUCUUGAUCCAUCAAUGAAGGAGCAAUGCAGCUUGGCGUGUUCUGCAACCUGCGUGGGAUGCUUGAAAUUGGCAAGAAGGCAAGGCAGCGAAAGGACAACAUUUACAUUACUAAAAGCACACCUUCAAAAUCUCCCCAGCGAAAGAUUUGACAUUCUUCUUCCUGGAAACGAAAUUCCAUCCUGGUUCACUCGUACAAGUUUCAAGCCCUCCAUAAAUUUACAACUAGAUCCGAAUUGGUGUAACUGUAAGUGGAUGGGUUUCGCUCUUUUUUUAUGCGCUCUUAUACCAAGCCCAAUUUUCUGCUGUCAUGUAGAGAUUCAGGAAGUGGGCGAUGGAUUUGGAAUAAGAAACAAUUAUCAAUGAGACCUGGUCUCAGCGGUGGGUUCCCCAGCGGAUCACCUUUGGAUAUUGUAUGUGCCUCGUAAUGACAUCAAGGCAGUGUGGCAAAACAAUAACUUCAGUCAGCUUGAGUUUUCAUUUACAACAAAAGACUUGGAUGGUGAAACAUUUCCAGAGAAGUACAUUAGAUCGUGUGGUGUCCGUCUGGUGUACGAGAAAGACAUAGAAGCUAUGAACCCAAUUUCCAGCAACCGCAUCGAAUAUCCUUUUGAAGUAUGAGGACAAAAAAAUUAAAAAAAUUAAAAAACUCCAGCUUGUAUAUAUAUAAAAUAUAUAUUUUGAUUUUGGUUCUAGCUUAAUAUAGUUAUUGUUAAUUUUUCUUGUCUUACGAGCAAAUAUAGCAUUUUACCUGUUCCCAACUAA